AUGGCGGCCGAGGGCGAGUACGAGUCGAUCCUGUGCGUGAAACCCGAUGUCAACGUUUAUCGCAUCCCGCCGCGCGCUUCGAACCGCGCCUACAGGGCAGCGGACUGGAAGCUGGAUACUCCAGACUGGUCCGGUCGGAUGAGGGUCACAGCCAAGGGCCAAGUGGCGUUCAUCAAACUGGAGGACAAGAUCUCAGGGGAGCUGUUUGCCCAGGCACCGAUUAAUGAGUACCCCGGUGCUGCAAUGGAGACGGUCAGCGACUCCAGCCGGUACUUCGUUCUGCGGAUACAGGAUGACAACGGUCGCAGUGCUUUUAUAGGAGUCGGCUUCGGGGACCGAGGGGACGCUUUUGAUUUCAACGUGGCUCUGCAGGAUCAUUUCAAAUGGGUGAAACAGGAGAAUGAAUUCAGUAAAAACGCUCAGCUCGGGGAUUCGGGACCUAAACUGGACUUGGGCUUUAAAGAGGGACAGACCAUCACACUGAACAUAGGGCAAGGUAGAAAGAGGGACAAACCCCGCCCACAGGGCUCAAGCGGGUUUGGACUCCUCCCACCACCACCUGGAGGCAAGAUAGCCCCGCCUCCUCUGUCAGGCCCAUCCAAUCACAACGAAGCCCCUCAGACGGGCAACAUGGCAACAGCCUGCCUGUUGGAGCUGGACAGUAGUAACUCGAACACAGUGGUUCAGUCAAACCCUAGUUCAGAUCUUUGGGGAGACUUCUCCGCUCCUGCAAGCUCCGUUCCUCCACCGUCACGACCGCAGAACGACGCCGGACAAUGGAUCCAGUUUUGAGUCUCCGGCUUGUCGCGUCGGUUGUGACCUCCAUCUCACCUGCAUCUGUGUCCGUAGCUUCCUGUGCAUCACACAGAG